AUGGGUUCUUUGCCGGAAGUAACAAACAAGCCUCACGCCGUGUGUAUCCCACACCCAACACAAGGCCACAUAAACCCAAUGCUUAAUCUGGCCAAAUUGCUUCACCGCAGAGGCUUCCACAUAACCUUCGUCAACACCGAGUUCAACCAUAAACGAAUGCUCAAUUCUAGAAGAUGCAAAUCCCUCGACAUCUCGCCGGACUUCCGUUUCGAAGCUAUACCGGACGGUCUUCCUCCUCCUCCGGCCGGCGAUGAUGAUGAUGCCGUUCAACAUGUACCAGAACUCUGUGAAUCAAUCGGAAACAAGUGCUUGUUAGAGCCGCUUCGCAAGCUUCUCGCCAUGCUCAACGAGGGCAGAUCAUCUAAUGGCUUUAGUACUGUUAUUCCACCGGUAAGCUGUAUUGUUUCAGAUGGUAUUAUGACAUUCACUAUUGAAGCUGCAGAAGAGCUGGGAAUACCGGUUGCGCUCUUUUGGACUGCCAGUGCCUGCGGCUUCAUAGCCUAUAAACAAUAUUGGGAUCUUGUUGAAAAAGGUCUUAUACCCCUCAAAGAUGAAAGCUACUUAAGAAAUGGAUAUUUAGACAACCCUAUUAUAGACUGGAUUCCUGGAAUAAAAGAAAUUCGUCUGAGAGAUAGUCCAAGCUUUUACUUAAAUAGUAGCACAAAUGCAAAUGAGCACACAAUGAUGAAAUUCUUCACAGCGGAGAUAGAGGCAACUUCUAGAGCUUCCGCCAUAAUCAUAAACACUUUCGACGCGCUGGAGGACAAAGUGUUGGAAGCUCUGAAGGUGUUAUCACCUCCACUUUACACGGUGGGGCCCAUCCACGAGCAUUGGAAAAUGGCUCAACAAAACAUGAAGAGUGGUUUGUCUUCCGUCGGAUUCAAUCUCUGGAAAGAACAAGAUGAAUGCCUCCAAUGGCUGAAUUCGAAGCAACCCAGGUCUGUGCUUUACGUCAACUUCGGCAGUGUCGCCUUCAUGACCUCAAAUUGCUUUCAGGAAUUCGCUUGGGGUUUGGCCAACAGCGGGAAACCUUUCAUCUGGAUAGUUAGGCCCGAUCUCGUCGUCGACGGUGAUUCGGCACUCCUUCUGUCGCAGGAGUUUCUGGAAGAGACGAGAGGGAGAGGUUUCGUGGUGACAUGGUGCCCGCAAGAGCAGGUCUUGAGCCACCCGUCGGUCGGUGGGUUCUUGACGCAUUGCGGUUGGAACUCCACCCUCGAGGCCUUGAGCGCGGGUGUGCCCAUGAUUUGUCGGCCGUUCCUGUCGGAGCAGCCGACCAAUUGUAGGUUCUUGUGCACCGAAUGGGGCGUCGGUUUCGAGAUCGAGGGGGGAGACGUUAAAAGAGAUCAAGUGGAAAAGGUUGUAAAGGAGUUGAUGGAAGGAGAGAGAGGUGAGGAGAUGAGAAAGAAGGCCGUUGAGUGGAAGAGAGAGGCUGAGGAGGCCAUUGCUCCUGGUGGUUCUUCAUGGCUAAAUUUUGAUAAGAUGGUCAAGGAGGUUUUGACGGUAUCGUCGUCAAAGCCUUAG